AUGAAUCAAAGGGGUCUAGUUUUCGUCACUGGUAAUUUAAAAAAAUUGGAAGAGGUGAAAUCUAUUUUGGGCCAUAACUUUCCAUUAGAAGUUACAAAUUAUAGGUUAGAUUUGCCUGAACUCCAGGGAGAGUUGAAUGAGGUAUCUAUCAGAAAAUGUCAAGAAGCAGCUCGACGUAUAAAAAAGCCGGUAUUCAUAGAAGAUACUUGCCUUUGUUUUAAUGCAUUGGAAGGUUUGCCUGGGCCUUAUAUAAAAUGGUUUUUAGAAAAGUUAAAACCAGAGGGUCUAUAUAAAUUACUUGAUGGCUGGACAGAUAAAUCUGCAGAAGCAGUUUGUACAUUCGCCUAUAGUCCAGGAAGUGAUAAGGAAUCGGACAUUGUAUUAUUUCAAGGAAUAACAAAAGGAACAAUUGUACCUCCGAGAGGUUCAAGAGAUUUUGGAUGGGAUUGUAUUUUCCAACCACUGGGCUAUGAUAAAACUUAUGGUGAACUCCCUAAAGAAGAAAAGAAUAAAAUAUCACAUAGGUACAGAGCUCUUGACAAGUUGCGUAAUUAUUUUAUAGAGAAAAACAAUUGUUAG